ACUGAAAGGAAAUAGCUUUUUCAGGAAGCACAAACUCUUAGCUAGUUCUUUGAAAUUUAACAACAUGACAGACGACUGUUCCAAAACAACCAGUAACAUCCCUUCAUUAACCAUGGAGGUUGAUACUGCUUUUCUCCGAUCCUUGAGGGGUGUCCUUAAAUUAGUAGAGAUGGGGACUAUGUUUGUAGCAUUUGUGUGUUUUGCGGUAGCAUCCAGGCCCAAAUACAUUGCAGCUACAUGCAUGGAGUUUGUGAUCACAUUCUCCCUGCUUCUGCUGUACACGCUGAAGUUGAACAAGAAGCUGACUCUGUUCUUCUGGCCUCUCGUUGAUUUGUUCAACUCACUGUUUGCAGCAGUCUUCAUACUUAUCCUGAGUCUGAUAGCAGUGUCCACUUACACAGUGACAGGGACCCUGGGUGGAGGGAUAGUGGGUUUCAUAGCAACAGGCCUGUGGUGUGUGGAUGGCUACAUGAUUUUCAAGAGGGUCACAUUCAAUCAACCAAGAACAGCAGCAACUGGCACUGUGAAGUGAAGACACCACAAUUGUCUCCUCCCAUGCUCACUCUCUUAUGUCAGUCUUUCCAUGUAUAGUGUAGGUUUAAAGGGGCAAUCAGCAGUUGAAACAAUAACAAAGCUUGGCCCCGGCCCGUUUUGGUAAAAACCUGAAGGAUAUGUGGAUGGAGAAAUGUUCAUAGACAGAGCAAUGUAUGCAAGGACUGACCAUCAAUGAUAUCAACAUGAUAGUUUUAACCAUGUUUCGAGGCUAUAUAGUGUUUGUUUACAUUUUGUUUGUUUACAAUUAUUGGAGUAAAACAAGCUUAUAUUUUGGGUUCUGAUGCUGUAUGACAGUUGAACUAAGCUCAUGGGGAAUUUAUAUAUGUGUACAUAACAUGAAUUUCUAAAUAAAAAAAUGGAUGUAUCAACUGCAGAUUGCCCCUUUGUUUGUAUAGCUUAAUCCAUGCAACAACACAAUUAUCAUGUAUAUAAAAUAAGUACACCUUUGAAACCUAGGCCUGUAUAAUGUUUUGAACAAUGUCAGGUUACGUGUAGGCCUACCUAGUCUAUUUCUGCUUUAUUCUAAAGUAAUGUUUCUAUUGCAUUUUGAGCUGUUUAUGACGUUCCCAUAAAGUUAAAACAUAUUAUUUAUAAAACUCGAGGGAUACAGCACAACAAUUUUAACAAAUACAUUACAGUAUUUUAGUUUUGACGCAUAUUAGCAUGCACAUAGCCCAGUCCGCCCAGCAUAAGGGUCCAACAUUUCUAGAAUGCAGAUGUUGAGCUUUUGUGAACUACGUUUUCGCACUGUCAUUAUUUCCGUUUCCACUUUAAGAAGCAACACGCUUUUUCGAGGCUUCUCAUUUUCCACUCUCUCAACUCUUCCAGCCCACUGGAUCUGUAACCAUUACUGAACUCAAACGUUAUCUUUGCAAUGGGGGACAUCGAAGCUCCCGAUACGACUGGACCGAGCCAAAGUGUCCUUCAAACUAUUCUCCCAAUCGCCAAAGAAUUCGCAUCUUCAAGGAAAGGACAACUUCUUAUUGCAGAAGUGGCUCUGUCCCUCAUCGCGUUCAUCUGUUUUGUUGCGUCCACGGCAGCAGCCUUUGUCACAGCACCCCUGAUUGAGUUCCUGGCUGCCCUCUUCCUCCUUUUUGCCUAUUCCACCAAAUUCAAUGAGCGAUUUAAGGGAUUCCACUUUCCCCUCAUGGAUUUUCUGCGCUGUGUCAGUGCGUCCAUCAUCUUUUUUAUCAUCUCCAUAAUAUCAGUUUCCAAGUUCACCGACGGGGCCUCUAAAGCAGCAGGGGUGUUCGGGUUCAUUGCCACCAUUGUUUUUGCGCUAGAUUUCUACUUCAUCUUUAAUGACCUGGCUAAUUUCCUCAAACAAGGAGGGGACUCGGGUGACGACCCACCAAGAACCUCAGAGUACAACGACUCAGACUCUGACUCAGACUGAAGAGAUUCUACCCCAGGGACCGUGUGUGUGUGUCCAAUCUACCAUGCCUGGCAGGAAGACAGCCAUACUGCAGACAUCAACAUUUUCCUGAAGGAUUCACAUUUAAUUUGAAACUGAUGUGAAAACAGGUUUCCAAUCUGUUUUUAGCGCUUUGGAAUGCUGACACAUACAAUGAUCAGUUACAGUAUUAUUUUCCAAAUGCUCUAAAAUUGCCCAAACUCUGAAAUACAUUUCUGAAGCUGGGAAUGAACUGUGGUAGUGUUGGUGAUGGCUAUUGGUUUACAGUUGCUCAGCCUCCAUAAUGCCAAGAGGAGCAUGGGGAACAAAUGCAGAUGACACUACAUUUAAAUGGAAGAAUCUGGAGAAAUUCCCUAUGUUUUUAUAAGGUUUACAUAAUUGAAAAGAUUGGCAGCUGGUUGGCUGGUUACACCAUCUGUCCAAUCAUCAUACUGGCUUUGCUUGAUUUUUCCAUUUCUGGUAACCUUUAUUGAAAAUGUUCCUAUAUCUGAUGUGAUAUCCUUGCAUUACAAUCAUUUUGUGACAGAUCCAUGUUCACCGAGCUGAAAAGACUUACUGUGCAUGGCACUUAGCGACUCUUACCGGACUGCCCAAAUGGCCACUUCCUGUUUGAAUUUGGAUUUGUCCGCGGAAUGUUUUCUUUUCUACCAAUUCCGAAAACUUUUGAUAAUGGAAAAGCACUGAGACUUUUGUGAUUGUGUUUUGAAAAGUAAACUGCAAAUGUGGUAGGACUGCAUUUAUUGAUAAAUGGUACACCAAAAUGUUUUCCUAUUUAAAAUGGUUCCUAUUAAGGUUUUCUUACCAGGUUUGUACAUCAAACAUUUAUCAAUUUGCAGGUCAUGUAAAGAAAAGAAGAAAGGAAUCAGUUGAUUUUCAGCCAGUGUAAGCUUUACUUUGUUUAAUAAAAUAUUAAGACAACA